AUGGUGGACUAUGCCGGUAACAUCGACCGGCUGGUCGCUCGUUCUUCGAGCGACCCAAGUGCUACCUCGAGCUCAGCAUCCGCCUUCGUGACCACCUUGGUCCCAUCGUUGAUCUCCUUCGCUGUCAUGGUCUUGCUGUUCAUCAUCCUGCGUAAGAAGGAGCACCGCAUGUAUAUGCCCCGCACCUACAUUGGUUACCUGAAGGACUGGCAACGCACCCCCGAUACCCCGACUGGCUUCUGGAACUGGGUCAACUCCAUGUACCAGCUGCCCGAUACCUACGUCUUGCAGCACCACUCUAUGGACGCGUACCUCCUGUUGCGCUUCCUCAAGACCGUCGCCCUGAUCAUGUUCGUCGGUUGCUGUAUCACAUGGCCCAUUCUGUUCCCUGUCAAUGCUACUGGCGGUGGCGGUCAGAGUCAAUUGGAUUUGCUGAGCAUGUCCAACGUGUCCAGCGAUCAAUAUGGCCGCUACUACGCUCACUGUUUCCUCGCAUGGAUCUUCGUCAUUUUCAUCUUUGUUAUGAUCACACGCGAGCACAUGUUCUUCAUCAACUUGCGCCAGGCCUACCUCUUCUCUCCCGCCUACGCCAGCCGUAUCUCCUCUCGCACCGUUCUGUUCUCUGCGGUGACUGAGGACUACCUCAACAAGGACAAGAUCCGUGGCAUUUGGGGUGCCAGCAAGGUCAAGAAUGUUUGGCUUGCUACCGAUACCAGCGACCUGGAGGAGAAGGUCAAGGAGCGUGACGCUGCUGCCAUGAAGCUCGAGGGCGCCGAGACCAAGCUUAUUAUGCUUGCUAACAAGGCCCGCGCUAAGGCUCUCAAGAAGCAGGGUAUCCCCGAGGACGGUAACGCCGAGCAGACUGUUGGUCAAUUCGAUGAUGAGUCUGGCUCUGUUGCUGCACGCUGGGUUGAGGCUAAGGACCGCCCUACUCACCGUCUCAAGAUGCUGAUUGGCGAGAAGGUCGAUACCAUCAACUGGGCCCGUUCCGAGAUUGAGCGUCUUUCCCCCGAGAUUGAGGAGUUGCAGGCCAAGCACCGUGCUGGUGAUGCUAAGCUUGUCACCUCCGUCUUUGUUGAGUUCUUCAACAUGUCCGAUGCCCAGGCUGCCUACCAAUCUGUUACCCACAACCUUCCCUUGCACAUGACUCCUCGCUACAUCGGUCUCGAUCCCACCCAGAUCGUCUGGUCUAACCUCCGCAUCAAGUGGUGGGAGCGUGUCGUUCGCCACGGUGCCACUACUGCCUUUGUUAUUGCCUUGAUUAUCUUCUGGGCCAUUCCCGUCGCUGUUGUUGGUUGUAUUUCCAACAUUAACUUCUUGGUUGAGAAGCUUCCCUGGUUGGGCUUCAUCAACGAUAUCCCUAGCGUCAUUCGUGGUGUUAUCACUGGUCUCUUGCCCUCUGUCUUGAUGGCUGUCCUGAUGGCCUUGGUCCCCAUCAUUAUGCGUAUCAUGGCCAAGAUUGGCGGUGAUCCUUGCCUGGCGGCCAUUGAGUUGACCACCCAGAACUACUAUUUCGCUUUCCAGGUUGUUCAGGUCUUCUUGGUGGUUACCCUCGCCUCUGCCGCCACCAGUGUCAUCACCUCCAUUAUCCAGGAGCCCGCCUCUGCUGCCACUCUGCUUGCUAGCAACAUUCCCCGUGCCUCCAACUUCUACGUUUCAUACAUCGUUCUGCAAGGUCUCUCUUUCAGUGCCGGUGCUCUUCUGCAGAUUGGAGGGUUGAUCGUUGGCAAGAUCCUCGGCAAACUCUUCGACAAGACUCCCCGUAAGAUGUACAAGCGCUGGUCCAGCCUGGCUGGUCUCACCUGGGGUACUGUCUACCCUGUGUUCACUAUGCUCACCACUAUUGGUAUCAUUUACUCUUGCAUUGCCCCAUUGGUUAUGGGAUUCUCCUGCGUUGGUUUGUACCUGUUCUACUUCGCCUACCGGUACAACGUCCUGUACGUGUCAAACGCCACUAUCGACACUCAGGGCAAGGCCUACACCCGUGCUCUGCAGCACCUUACCGUUGGUUGCUACAUUCUCAUUGUGUGCUUGAUUGGUCUGUUCGCCAUGGCCAGUGGCUCCAACACCAUGGCCGUUGGUCCCUUGAUCCUCAUGAUCAUCUUCUUGGUCUUCAUCAUCCUGUACCACAUGUCCAUGAACGCUGCCAUGGAGCCUCUCAUCCAUUACCUGCCCAAGAACCUCGAGGCUGAGGAGGAGGCCCUUCUUGCCCUUGACCGCAAUGAGACCAACGGUACCGGUGCCCCCACCCUGGCUGACAAGGAGCACGAUGGUGUUUCCAACAUCGACAGCGGUGUUGGCAACGUGGACUCUGCCGAGAAGGGUCUGAACGGUGACGCAGUGACUGCUGCUCCCCCCAAGGCCAACUUCUUGGUUCGCUGGGCCCGUCCCGACAUUUAUAACGACUACGCUUCUCUGCGUCGUCUGGUGCCCAACCCCUUGGAUAUCCAGUCUUACCCCGAGGCCGUUGAGCGUGAUGCUUACUGCCACCCGGCCAUCACUUCCCAGCCUCCCCUCCUCUGGAUUCCCCGUGAUUCUCUCGGCAUUAGUGCCCAGGAGGUUGCUCACACCAGCCGCGUCAUCCCCAUCACUGAUGAGGAGUCCUGGAUCGACGAGAAGAACAAGAUCAACUGGGAUAUGUCCAAGGGCCAGCCCCCCAUCUACGAGGAGAUCCACGUCCUCUAA